AUGGAAAUUCGCAUGACUGGCCUUAUACUGUGUGUCGUUGCGGCCAUAUACACUAUCGUGUCGCUAUACCGAAAAGUCACAUCGCCAGAAUGGUCCAUUCCAGGCCCCUGGCUCGCACGCUUCUCACGGAUCUGGUACUUCUGGCACGUACGGGCAGGUUCAUUCCACCACGAAAACAUUGAACUGCACCGAAAGUACGGCCCCAUCGUUCGCGUCGGGCCCAACCUGUACUCGAUCGCCGCGCCGGACAAGGAGGUCUACGGAAUUGGAUCCAAGUUUCGCAAAUCGGACUGGUACGAGGGCUGGAAACAUCCCAGCCCUGACAAAUGGGCCCUGUUCGCCGACCAGGACAUGCGCAGGCACGCCGAGGCCCGGAAGCGGUUCCAGGGCCUGUACAGCAUGAGCGCGCUGCUGUCGUACGAGAAAUACGUCGACGACUGCGCCACCAUCUUUGACCACCGGCUGACCGAGUUCGAGAGGUCGGGCGAACAGGUCGACAUGGCGCACUGGUUCCAGUGCUACGCCUUCGACGUCAUGGGCAACCUGACGUACUCGGAGCGGUUUGGGUUCUUGGACCGGGGCGACGACAUCGCCGGCACGAUCGCCGCGCUGGAGAAGUCGGGCGUCUAUUCGACCCUGAUCGGCAUCUACGCCUGGCUUCACCCGUUCGUGUACCGAGUAAUGGAGUUCCUGCCCAACAACGGGGCUUCGGGGAGGACGUACCUCAUGAACUUUGUGCAGCAGAAGAUUGACGCGCGAGAGAAAGAGCGGACUGCGGAGGGUACGAAACCGACAACAACAGCAACGCAGAUCCAGCAGAGCCAGCUCGCCCAGGAGCAACAGGAACAGACACCGCGAGACUUUCUCGACAAGCUCCGCGACGGACACCUGGAGAACCCGCAGCAAGUGACCAGAUACCACAUGUUCAUGAUGGGCCUCAGCAACAUCAUCGCCGGCUCCGAUACGACCGCCGUGUCGCUCUCGAGCGUGCUAUUCCACUUACUCACCAACCCGCACUCGCUGGAAAAGCUGCGAACAGAGAUCGCCGAGUACAGAAAGUCGCAGACAGCCACACAAGAUGAUACACCGACCCUCCCGUUCAAAGUCACCCAGGACCUCCCCUAUCUACAGGCCGUCAUCAAGGAGGCCCUCCGCAUGCAUCCUGCCACGGGCCUGCCGCUGUGGAGGGUCGUUCCUGCUGGGGGCGCCACCGUGCUGGGCCACUACUUCCCCGCAGGCGCGAUCGUCGGCGUUAAUAGCUGGGUGGCGCAUCGGAGCGAGGAGGUGUUUGGCACGGACGUCGGUCAGUUCAGGCCGGAGCGGUGGAUUGAAGCGAAAGAGGGGGGUGAUGUGGAGCGGUUGAAGCGCAUGGAAGCGUUUCAUAUGCCGUUCGGCCUCGGCUCCCGCACCUGUCUGGGUCGGCACAUCUCUACGCUCGAGAUGAGCAAGCUGGUCCCACGUCUGGUCGAGCACUAUGACUUUGAGCUGGCCAUGGACCCCAAAGACUGGCACACCGUCAAUUACUGGUUCGUCCGGCCUGAGAGAUUCCCUGUCCGGGUGAAACGAAGGGUUCCGACGGGGGCGUCAGGGGCGUCGUAG